CUUAAGGCACCGACCGGUGUAGACAUUGACGACGACAUGCUCCUUAGGUCCGGAGCUCGAGGGCUGCCGGCGCAGGCAGCGGCAGCGGCAUCAUGGCGAGGUCUACAGGCAGCCAUACCUCGCUGCGCCCGGGCCGUGGCAUCAUCAGCCCCAUCGCGGGCCUCGGGUGGCAGCAGCAGCAGCAGCAGCAGCAACAACCCGUCCCUCGCCUUUCCCUGCAUCGAUGCCAACGAGGCUAGGACAGCGAGGCUGCUGGCCAGACAAGGCCCCGACAUUGAGGACCCAUCGGCCGCAUCUGGCUCCGCGUCGUCCGACGAUGGGCCAGAGCCUUCGUACACGAAUGUCGUGUCUGGCUACAAGACCUACCAUCACGAUGCGCCCCUCGAGCUCGACUAUGGCGGCGAACUUCCCUCGUUUGACAUUGCCUACGAGACCUGGGGCACGCUCAACAGCGACCGAUCCAACGCCAUUCUCCUCCAUACGGGUCUCAGUGCCUCUUCGCAUGCCGCCUCGCACCCGGAAAACACGACAAAGGGCUGGUGGGAGGACUUUAUCGGGCCGGGAAAAGCCAUCGACAGCAACAAGUACUUUGUCAUUUGCACAAACGUCAUUGGCAGCUGCUAUGGCAGCACUGGGCCUUCCUCGCCCCACCCACUUGAUCCAGAGGGAAAGCCGUGGGCGACACGGUUUCCCAUCAUCUCCGUCUUUGACAUGGUCCGCGCCCAAUUCUUGCUCCUCGACCACCUCGGCAUCGACCGACUGUAUGCGAGCAUGGGAUCGAGCAUGGGCGGCAUGCAGAGCAUCGCUGCCACGCACCUCUACCCGCAACGCGUGCAAAAGCUCAUCAGCAUCAGUGGCAGCGCCCGUGCCAAUCCAUCGAGCAUCGCACUGCGCUUUGCCCAACGUAGCGUCCUCAUGGCGGACCCAAACUGGAACCGUGGCUUCUACUACGACGAGGGAAGGUUGCCGCCGCACACGGGCAUGAAGCUUGCUCGCCAGAUUGCCACCAUCACCUACCGUAGCGGUCCCGAAUGGGAGCAGCGAUUCGGCCGCGAGCGCCGGAGAGGGUCUGCCGAUGCCGAGGACGAGCUUGCACCCGCACUCUGUCCCGACUUUCUCAUCGAGACCUACCUCGACCACCAGGGCGAGCAGUUCUGCCUCAAGUACGACGCAAACAGCCUCAUCUACGUCAGCAAGGCCAUGGACCUGUUUGACAUGAGCCAGGAUUCCCUAGCGUCGCUCGAGAAGAGGCGAGAAAAGAACAGACUGGCGCGGCAGAAGGAGGAGGACGACCAAACGGCGGCUCCCGCUUCUUCGGAGCCUGAUGACUCUAGUCUGACGGCCUCUGCGGCGACCAGCACAUCGACUGGAGGCGCAGGGAAGCGAAGAAGACAACACAUUCAGACGCUCUCGUCGCCCAGUGCCCAUACCUACCUCGACUCGCUCGCAGAGGGUCUGCGCAGCCUUUCGGACCACCCCACGCUCAUCAUCGGUGCCCAGUCCGACAUUCUUUUCCCCAUCGACCAACAGCGCGAGCUGGCAGAGUGCCUCCGACGCAAUGGCAACACCGAGGUCCGCUACUACGAGAUAGACGCUCCGCACGGCCACGACAGCUUCCUCAUCGACGUCGCAAAUGUGGGCGGUGCAAUCAAGGGCUUUCUGGAUUGAGAGAACUUCGUUGCCGAUGUCCUGGAGUAUGACAUUGUUCGAAGAGGGUUGCAACAUGUGCGUGCAAUAAGUGUAGCUGUAGCAAUAGCAAAGAAAAAAAGCAGA